UUUGCGCGCUCGCAGAACCGACUAAAGAAGACUCAUUCGGGCGCAAGCCAUGGCUGCAGUGGUUGCGGCGCUCACGUCUGCUGUGUGGGCACUGCUGUCGCAGCUCUAUCAGCGGACAAUAGGAAUAUGGAUGGACCAUGGGCUGUGCUAUCUACUCCGCUACCUAGUGGCUGUGGUGCGCUUGACGUACUUGCAGCGGAGAAAGGGUCGACGGUUUGUUUACCUGGAAUCUGAGAAGUACGAUGACGUCGUAAAUGGUGGAGCGGUUUGCACACCGGUGGAGUGGUCGACAGAAUGUCCGCAACAAAGGCAGCACAUAGAAAAGGGUCAUGACGAGAUCCUUUUCUUCGGUGUCAACACGGACGGGGACCGCCUCGCGGUGAGCGUCUCUCGCCUCCGCAGCCACGUGGCCCAGCUCUGGCUAGACUUGCACACCCGAGACGGAAGGCGCUACUCGCUGCCAGCGGAUGUCACGCUCGACCGCAGCGCCGGAAGCUGCUUCUCGGCCGCCGGUCUGAGGCUGCAGUGCUUGGCGCCCAAUCGCCGGUGGCGCGUCGCAUUCAAUGGCAUGCUCAGGAUGCAACCUCAUUCCACAAGUGCGACACCAGAGGAACCAGAAGUUCACGUGAAGAUUGGACUCAUCUGGUCUGCCCUGUCACACACGUCGGAGCAACCAGCGGAGAUUGCAGCAGCUAUGUUGGCAGAGAGCUGUGCUGAAAGCCCGACGCUUCAAAUGCUGCGCGAUAUUAAGAGGCUAACGAGUGAAAUGGACUCGUACGAUCAAGCUGGCAUGAUGUCUGGUGAGAUCAUAUUGAACGGCGAGCGGAGAGAGUUGUGUCUUUGGGGAUACAAAAUCAGGAACGAAGGUAGCAUACAGGCCGGAGAUUGUGAGGAGGACCACCACAUCGGUUUCCUUGAGAAUGGAGACAUGUACCACCUGGUUCGCACAACCAACUACGGAGGAAAAAAUGGUGGCUACUACGGUUCAAUAUAUGCCCCGGCUAGUACGAUGCUACCCAUUGACUACGCUACUAUAAGCACUGAUGUGCAUGCUCAGCGUGGCCGCCUACGCCUGCGAAGUGGUACGUUUCCUCUAUUGGCGGACGUAAAAUUUGUGACGCCACCAUUGGUCUUCCAAACCGAGCAUAGUUGUUCUGAAGUCCAUGUCACUGCCGUGGACCUCAAAUCUGGACAAAAUGGCGGAUCUGGCUUCAUUGUUUCUGUCAAGAGGUAA